UUUUCGCACGGCGGAACUCGGCUGCUCCCGACUUCGGGAUCCGAGGGACGAGCGUUUCGGUAGGACGCCGGAAGCGCUACAGGAACGGCCUCCCCCCCCCCCCGGCCCAAGAAGGCGAGAUACUGGGCCGCUCCAGCCAUGGUCGGCAUGCGAGCGCUGCGGAAGAGCAAGACGCUACAGUAUGGAGUCCCCAUGAUGAUUGAUCCAGCUCUGGCAGAAAGAAUCAAGAAGAAUAAAGUGACUCUGGAAUCGGAAUAUGAGUAUCUGAGAAUGCUUGUCAGUAGUUUGGGUCCCACUACUUUGGAGAUCACAGAUGAGGAACCUGAGGUCUGGGAGAUCAAGGCUGCCCUCCCAGUCUACCUGGCCCUUGGGGACUCUCCACAGGUCACACCCCUCUUCCGAGCCACACACCCUCGCCAGGCUUGCUUCGCACUUUCCUUGUGUGCUUUGGCCAGGCUAGAAUGUGUCUUUGGCAUCUGAUCCUUCAUCUUGCUGGCCUGGAUGAAGGGUAGACGGUGUGUGUGUGUGUGUGUGUGUGUGUAGAAACUAGCUCACUGUACAAAGAUAAUGUUUCCAUUCAUUUGUUCCCACCCACUACUGUCCUGUGGGUGCCAGUAGGUUGCCUUAAAGGGAAUGAGACCCUAAAGGUAAAAAAGCCCCCCCCCCGCAUCUACAUCUUCCUGCACCCAACACCAUUCUUACUGUUGCUGUAAUUACUGGGCAAGUUGUACAAUAGCUUGCUUAUUUCUUGGCUAGAAAAAUACUUCCAUAUAAGAUAUGGUAAAUGAAAGAAUUGAUUUGAUUGAUCCACCCCAGAGGAAGGAAUACUCUUUUCACUGCUCCUGCCAGCCGGUCAGGGAAUUACUGCCUACUUGGAGUAGCUGGAGCCAUUUUAUACUAGGGUUGCCAUAUUUCAAAACGUCUGGGAAUUUACAGACGUGUGGCAACCCUAUUUUAUACAAGCAUCUCUUUUUCUGCUUUGGCCUGCCUUCUUUCUUUAUCCACUCCUGGGUUACAAACAUAAACAAGCCUGCUGGACCAGGUCAAAGGCUAAUCUAGUCUCAUAGUAGCCAAACAGAUGAAGCCCCCUAACUUGAGCUCAACAGGGCUUGGAACAUCUUCCUAAAUAUAUUUUCGGUAGGUAUCACUAGUUUGCCUUUUCUCCAUAAUAAAACAAAUCUGGAUAAAAUACGUUUUCUAAUCCAUUUUGACUACAUCUGAACACCGCGAUUGUUAGUGGGCAAGAAUAAAGUAGUUAGGGCAACCUCACAUAGUUAGGUUGUGGGUAGAAAAUUUAGAAAACAGCAUUGAUGGCUAUGCCAGCCUUGUGAUAAGGCAGUGACUAAAAUUACAGUAAGCCUUGAAUUCUUAGCACUAUAGCUGACAAAAAAUACCCAGCAGCCCCCUUAUUUUAUUCUCCAGCAGGGAUGGGAGACUUUAGGUUUGAGUUGGGAAGCGGUGGUGGUUUCAAAGCCACAGUAAAAAAUAAAAAAUCAUUUGACUGCUGGGCCCCAUUGACUUCCCCUUGGGUGCAUUCACAUGCUGUGCUCUUGCUCCUCCAAACACACCAGUUUUGUAGGUAACUGAACAGGUAGCUUAGCUGUUGAGAGCCACUUCAGAGGGGAAACGGCUUCCAGGAACAAGAGGAGCAGUACUGCUUCUUUCCCACACAAAUUCCACCUGCUUCAGAAGUUGAGAAUGGGUGAAGUCAAAAGCAAGAUAUAGCAAAAUGUAAGAGAUGCUCCAGGGGUGCUGCAAAGAGUCAGGUACUUAUCUUGCUUCUCCAGUCCCUGUUUUUCUUUAGCUACAGAGAAAUAGCGGUGCUCACGCUGAAUUGUGGCUUCAUUUGUGUUGAUCUUGGGAUGCUUCCUUAAUGGUUUCCUCUACAAAUCUUAGUCGUUAUGUGUUCCAAAGGAGACACUUUAAUUUAUAAAGAGAACCUGAGGGUGUUUAGAAUGUUUUCCUUCUUGCUUAUUAGUUUAUUUUGUUGUUGUUGUUGUUUAUG